AUGCCUAAUAGCAGAACUGACGCGGCUAAGCGUAGCCUCCUACCCACUAUCAUUGAUCAACUUGCUCGAGAUGAGCCCAACAGUCUCUGGGGGGAGUAUCCCAGGUCGAGAACUACUCUUAGCGACGGGUAUGAGGAGCUGACAUACAAGCAAUUCGCCAACGCGGUGAAUGGAGUUGCUCAUCAAAUCGAGAAACAACUUGGUAGAAGGGAUACCCGAGAGCCUCUAGCUUACCUUGCUGCCAACGACCCGCGCUGCUCCAUAGCCCUGAUCGCAGCAAUGAAAGUGGGCUGCAAUUUGUUCCUGUUAUCUGAAAGAAAUAGUAUCGCUGCCAAUCUUAAGCUUUUGGAGGAUACCGGUUGCUCUGUGCUUCUAAUGACAGAUCAGACUUUUGCACCUGUCCAGUCACUGCUUUCACAGACAACAUUGGAAGUAGUGGAAUUGCUUCCAUUGCGUCAUCUACUACAUGAGCAACAUUCAGACUACGUUUUCACCAAUCAGCUUGCUGAUAUGCGAACAGAAACCGCAUUUACCGUCCAUACGUCCGGCUCAACUGGAUUCCCCAAGCCGGUGCGUAUUUCUUAUGAAUACAUGUCACGGAUGAUCCAGAACAUGGGGUUAGAGGCUCCCCCUAGACAUGAGAUGUUUAGCAAUAUCACGGGAAAUAACCGAAACAUCCUGCUUCUUCCUUUGGGGCAUAAUGCAGGAAUCUACUUCGGAGUAUUGAAUGCUUUUUUUAACAACACCACCGUUAUACUACCUAUGCCAGGCGUUCCUCCAAAUGGGGAGCUGCUUCUGGAGAUGCUUCGGUACAGACAAGCAGAUUGGGCAGCGAUGGCUCCGUUGACACUCGAAGAAAUAUCUAAGAACGCCACUCUGCUCAAUGGGAUUUCAAAACGAUUAAAGAUGGUGGUCUAUUCCGGUGGAAGUCUGCCAAAGGUGUUCGGAGAUGUGAUUGCGUCGAAGAUAAAAUUAACGACCCAGAUAGGCUCAUCUGAGUGUGGGCCUAUACCAACAAUGUAUCGAAACGACUAUGAUUUCGAAAGAGAUUGGAAUUACCUCCAAAUCAACCCGUCUGUCGGUGCCAAAUUCGACCCAUUGCCUGGAGACGUAUUUGAGCUUAUAUGGGAACGCUCCCUUGAAUGUGAGCCAUUUCAGACCGUUUUCACCAUAUAUCCAGAUCUGGAUGUGUACCGCACGAAAGACUUGUUCACACCUCAUCCAGAAUUGCCAGAUGUGUGGACUCAUGCAUCUCGAUCAGACGAUAUUAUAGUGUUCCUCAAUGGCGAAAAGGUAAAUCCCAUUGGUUUCGAAAGUAGUAUAUGCAGGCAUCCGAAUAUUUCAGCUGCCCUCAUGUUCGGUUAUCAACGAUUCGAAGCUGGCCUUUUGAUACAACCAAGCGAUUCUGCAUACCCUCAAACCACUGUUGAAAAAGCCCGGUUCAUUCGGGAUAUAUGGCCAAUCAUUGAACAAGCGAACAGUAUCGUCCCUGCUUAUGCGCAAAUAUCACCUUCGCAUAUUUGUUUUACAGAGCCAGACAGCCCAAUUCCUAGGACUCUGAAAGGUUCAAUACGACGCAGCGCAACUCUCGAGCAGUAUGCCACGAAGAUCUACCAGAUGUAUGCAGAUGUGGAGCAAAUGUGGGCUCCGGGUACAUAUCACUCACAAGGCAUCAAGGCCAUGGAAGCUAUAGAGAACGUUACGAAACGGGCAGUUCUCCAAGCAACUAAGUGGACUGAUGUCGAAGCUAAUGACAAUUUCUUUGAGCGGGGAAUGGACUCACUUCAGGUCUUGAAGCUGGUACGUAACCUUCGGGUCGAAACUUCUAUACGUACAAUCCAGCCCAGCACGAUAUAUCUUUACCCGACGGUCACUGCUCUGGCACUAGAUUUGAAAAAGCUGGUCACUGAAGAUUCCAACCCGGAGAGCAAUCAAAAAGGCGAACAGCUCAGCAUCAUGUCUGGUACAUUGAAGAAAUACAUGGACAAGAUAGACCAACUUCAAUUCGACACUGGGGCCCCUACUACUGCUUAUGAAAUGAAUAAGCAGGUAGUUCUCCUGACUGGAUCAACUGGAUCGAUCGGUUCUUACAUUCUAAAAGCUCUGCUACAAGAAGAUCGUGUUUCCCACAUCUAUUGUCUGAAUAGGUCUGCGGACUCGUCCACUUUACAGAAGGAGCGGAAUAAGUUUCUGGACUCGAGCCUUCCUAUUGAUUUCUCAAAAGAUAAAGUCACAUUCUUAUCGGCGGAUCUUUCUGCUUCAACAUCGCUGGGCCUUCCCAAAGACGUCUACAACACUAUCGCUGAACGCAUCACGCUUGUUAUCCAUAAUGCUUAG